GCUGGACUUCAUUGACACGCAGCUUAAGCCAGUUUUUUGGGAAGCAGCACAUAUACUGGUAUCUUGCAGUGUAGGUACACUGAUAUGCACGGAGCCGGAAAACACAAAGAUGGAGGUCUGCGGCUUUUUACAUCUGGCCACCUCAAGGAAAUGCAGUUCUUCGAGGACCAUUCGAGCCCAAAUACACUAGUCAGAGCAGAAGUCUAUGCAAGCAUGCAGACAUCAGCAGUGUACACAGUGAGGCUUGCCAUUGACAAAGCAUCAGGAAAUAUUUGCUCUGGAUCCUGCAAGUGCAAGGCAGGCACUAUCGGUGUCUGUAAGCACGUGUGCUGUUGCUUGUACGCUUUAGCACAUAUAACGACACAUGAACUAAAGUCAGUUCCCGAAGCAAAAUCCUGCACCGAAGGCUCAAGGGAAUGGUAUACACCACGAAACCCCAAAGUUGUGUCACAAAGCAUAGGUGCCUUGGACUUUGUGAAGGACACGACUGAAAGACUGAGCUCUGUGCCUGAACACUACGCAAAAAAAAGAAGGUAUUCGUGCCUGCAGGAAGACAGGAGGGUGAUAUCUUCAGAGCAACUAAAUAGCAUUCAAGGAAGUUGCAGGCAGGUCGGACUAGACUGCCUGGCUGAUGUAAUUCAAAGCCAUGCAUGCAGGCCGGCAACACUAGCUACAAGCUUAGAGCAAAAUAGUCGUCUCCCUCGAACGUGGCUUGAACUUUUCCGAGAAACUGGGAUGCUCUCGACCUACAGUCUUGAAGAAGCUGCGGAGAUUGAACUCGUCACUCGUGGUCAGAGCAAGUGUGACUUGUGGUCAAAAUACAGGACUGGGAUGGUAACAGCAUCCAUAACACAUAGGGUAUUCACGUGGGUAAAGACUAUAGACAGCAAGCCCCGGCCACAUAACGUGGGACCUCUGCUUCGUGGUAUUCUUUCAAAGCAGAGCAUCCAGACAUCCGCCAUGAAAAGGGGAAUUGAUAUGGAGCCCAUUGCAAAAGGACGCUACAUUGAAGAACAUGGAAAUAAACACAGAAAUUUACAUAUCGUGGAACAUGGAUUCUGUGUGCUACCCGGUUGUCCAUUCAUUGGUGCCAGCCCAGAUGGGGUCACAGAGUGCGACUGCUGUGAGAGAGAGGUCUUGGAAGUCAAGUGCCCACUAAGCAUCAAGAAGUUUAUAGAUCAGCACCUAAGGGAGCAGACGCUGAAGAAAACAAGCCAGUGUUACACCCAAAUGCAGCUACAAAUGGGGGCAACGCACACAAACUCUGGAGUGUUAUUGAUAUAUCACCCUGAUGAACGCCCAGUGGAGGUUAGUGUAGAAUUUGACAAGGGCUACUACCUCAGUGUCGUUAAGUUGCUAAGGCACUUUUACACGGAGUUUGUUGCACCUUGCCUUUGUUCACCAUGA